AUGAGCGUACCUUUGGCUGUUGAAGGCAUGGAUGCUCUCGCACUCGCUCAAGAAGGUGAACGUUUAUGCAGGGAAAACAAUAUGAAAUCUGGCAUUAAAUAUCUGGAAUUGGCACUUGAAAAGAAAGUUGAUUUGGGUGGGCGCAGUCUUGAAGCUGUUUCAGCAAUCUAUUCACAGUUAGGAAAUGCUUAUUUUUCUUUGCGUAACUUCGAGAAAGCGUUAGAAUAUCAUCAGUAUGACCUAGAAACAGCCAAGAUUUUGGCGGAAAAAUCGGGCUUGGCCAAAGCGCAUGGAAAUCUAGCAAAUACCUAUAAAGCAUUAGGUAGUUAUGAUAACGCAUAUGAUCAUGCUGUUGAUCAUCUUCGACUUGCACGAGAAUUGAAUGACAAGGAAUAUGAAGCUCGUGCUCUUUAUAAUAUUGCCUCCAUAUAUCAUUGCCGCGCCAAGUCUUUCAUACGUGUUGCUACGCGUGCCGACGAUUCAACGUUGUUAACAAUGGCCAAUCCUGACAUUACUUCACAAUUGCAAGCAGCUAUUAAUUGCUAUUUUUAUUAUAUGCUUGGCGAUUAUAAAACUGCGGUUCACUAUCACAAUAAGCGUCUUGACACUGCACGACAAUUUGGCGAUAGAGCUGCAAUGCGACGAGCUUAUACAAAUCUGGCUAAUGCUCAUAUUUUUCUUUCAGAGCCAAGCAAAGCUCUCGAUUAUUAUCGGUUAGCAUAUUCACUAGCGAUUGAAUUAAAGGAUGACAUUACUGAAGCACAAUGCUCUUUUAAUGUUGGCAAUGGUGCAGCUAUUUCUGGUGAUCAUUUAACAGCCUCCGAAUUUCAUACUCGUUAUUUGAAAUUAGCGCGUAAACUUGGCGAUCGUGUUGGAGAAGCUCGAGCUUUUGCUACACUAGCCUCUGAUUAUCGGAAUCUUGCCUUAUAA